CCCUUCCCAAAACCCGCCUCUCCUCUCCCUCAUCCUGAUCCUCCCCAUCGCCUCCUCCGACCCCCAGCCGCCGCGUCUAAUGGAGUCCUCCCUCCUCCUCUCGUCCCCGCGCCCCCUCAGGUCCUUCCACCCGCUCCUCUCCCCUACCGCUCGCCGUCGCCACGCGUCGUUCCGCGGGAAGCCUCCCGCGCCACCGCCGCCCCUGCCGCCGAUUACACGCGGGAGCCGCCGGCUGGGCGUGGCGGUGCCGCGCGCCGCGCGCGAGGCGUUCGACGACGGGGUCCGCAGCCAGGACAGGCCCCCCGGGGUCGGCCGCGGGGGCGCGCGCCGGAGGGCCUACCGCGAGACGCAGGGGGAGUCCGCCGUGCCCCCCGCGGCGGCCGUCGCGCCCUACGUCGUCCCCGCCGGGGCGGUGCUCGUGCUGAGCUUUGUCAUAUGGAAGGUGGUUCAGAAUAUGCUUCCGGGGAAGAAAAAUGACCAGGAUUCUGGAGAAUCUGCGCCUUCUGGGAUCAUGUGGUCCUUUGCUGCUGGUUCCAAUUUGGCAACAUCUACCCGCAAUGCUGAAAAGGAGUCACGGAAAAAUCUCAACAAGUUCUACAAAGAACUCCGGACUUUGAAAACUGUUAACUUGGCAGGCCGCCAGUUUGGGGAUGAGGGUCUGUUUUUUCUAGCAGAAAGCUUAGCCUAUAACAAGAGUGCAGAGGAGGUGGACUUUGCUGGCAAUGGGAUAACAGCUGUGGGGAUAGAAGCCUUUGACGGAAUUCUUCAGAUAAAUACCGCUUUGAAAACUCUCAAUUUAUCUGGAAAUGACAUUGGAGACGAAGGAGCUAAGUGUCUUUCAGAUAUAUUGAUUGAAAAUGUGGGUAUUCAGAAGCUCCUACUGAACAGUAUUAAUAUUGGAGAUGAGGGUGCCAAGGCAAUAUCAAAUAUGCUGAAAAAGAACAAAUCAAUACGUAUCCUACAGCUCAGCAACAAUGCAAUUGAAUACAGUGGUUUUGUGAGUAUUGCGGAAGCCCUUCUAGAGAAUAAUUCUAUAAGGAGCCUGUAUCUCAAUGGCAACUAUGGCGGUCCUCUUGGUGCAUCCAGCCUAGCUCGAGGAGUUUUAGGGAACAAGUCUUUGAGGGAAAUUCACUUGCAUGGAAAUGGGAUUGGGAAUGAGGGAAUACAUGAGUUGAUGUCAGCAUUAUCUGCUCACAAAGGGAAGAUCACAGUUGUGGAUAUUGGUAACAACAACAUUAGCCCGGAAGGUUUACGUCCUGUUGCUGAGUUCAUCAAAAGGACGAAGUCUUUACUGUGGUUCAGUCUCUACAUGAACGACAUUGGCGACGAGGGAGCUGAAAAGAUUGCAGAGGCUCUGAAAGAUAACAAAACAAUUUCUACCAUAGAUUUGGGCGGCAAUAACAUUCACUCCAAAGGGGUUAGUGCAAUUGCGGAAACUUUGAAGGAUAACACAGUGCUGACAACAUUGGAUUUGAGCUACAAUCCAAUUGGAUCAGAUGGUGUAAAGGCUUUGUGUGAUGUCCUCAAGUUCCAUGGGAAGAUCCAAACCCUUAAGCUUGGCUGGUGCCAGAUAGGUGUGCAAGGUGCAGAGUUUAUUUCUGAUUGUCUGAAGUACAACACAACAUUGUCAACAUUGGAUUUGCGGGCGAAUGGGCUUGGAGAUGAUGGUGCUAUAUGCUUGGCACGAAGUUUCAAGAUAAUCAAUGAAUCUUUGACGUCACUUGACCUGGGUUUUAAUGAGAUUAGAGAUGACGGAGCGUUUGCAUUGGCGCAAGCACUCAAGGCUAAUGAAGAUCUGGCAGUCACAUCAUUAAAUCUUGGAAACAACUUCUUCACAAAAUUUGGACAGAUCGCUCUCUCUGAGGCUCGUGAUCAUGUAUAUGAGAUGAGCGAAAAGGAGAUAGACAUUUAUUUUUAGGUGGUGGUUUCCUCACUGGACAAUUUUAACACAUGAUUUUUGCACUUUUUGGGAACUAUUCAUCGAGUAGGCUGAAGAAUAAGAUCCAGGUAGAGCAUGCUUUAUGCCUGUAUAGAAAUUUUUGGUGAACUAGUUAACACUUUAGGCUAGCCAUUCUACUGUCUAUAUGCAAUUUUUGCUGGAGACAUCAAUCUUGUCUUGAACCAUUCAUAUUGGCUGGAAAUGGACUGGAUAUGAUGGAUAUUACAUACCGCUGAUCUUA